AUGUCAAUAUCAAAAUUUUGGGCAACAUUAGCUCAUGAUAUUGAAAGAAUGGUGGAAGAUGCCAAAUUAAGUCGAGUGUCAAGGCAAAGAUCAUAUUAUGCCAUAAGAUUUAAUGGAAAAGAUUAUGGACCAUGUUUUGGGGAUAAAGAUCUUUCAAUGAAAGGAAAUUUUAAUCAAGAAGAAAGUUGUUCUUGUCAAAAAGAUGAUUAUCUUGAUAGUAUUACUGAAUCAACAACAUUUUCGGUGGAUGAAUAUGAAGUAUUUGAAGUUUAUAGAAAGUAA